AUGUCAAACACUUGCCUUGUUCCCCUCCUAGUGCUCACUCUGUCGACCGCUUGUCACUUGGAACCGUUGACCAGCAUCGUCAAAUUCUCGUCAUCAUGCAGACAUGUCUCGUCUGACGGGAGGACGACCCGCUUGGUCCUUCAUCUGCGAGGAGGGAGGCGAGGAGGGAGGCGAGGCAAGGAGAAGGCGGCGGACAAGAGCCAGAGGUCGAAGGCAAAGGGCAUGCUUGGCCUACAAGACUUGCUGGGCCUCAAGCACCGACCUGGUGCGGGAAAGAAGCAGAAGAAGGAGAAGAAGAACAGAGAUGAAGACAAGACAGCAGACAACUCCAGGAACGCUACCCAGACAGACAUGGAGAAAGGGUUCAUGGACCUCGAGGAUCUGACUACAAACUCCGACUGUGACAAAGCCCCAGAAGAGAAGAAGCUGGCGAAGCAAGUAGCUGCCCUUGAGGCCUACUUUGACCUUGCCGAGGGCGAGCUCAUGGCGAAUGAGACCAAGACGGAGCAGGAAGUGGAGGAGUCGUUCUCUUCAGACGACAACAUCAUCGACGAGGACGAAGUAGCGCAUGCAGACGUCAGGUUUCGACGGGAGGGGCAUGACCCGAACCCUCCUGAUGAUCCAGAUCCCAUGUUUGCCAAGUUCAAGAAGUACUACAUUCCCUUCCCCGAGAACAACUCCAUCGUCGCACAGCAAAACGGUAUCGUCUGUCGGGUGGAAACACACCCGAGAUCCGUCUUAGACGUCCAUGUUCCGUGGUACGAGCCAGAUGUCCAUUACAAGCUCUCUUUGGAGGAGGAGAAGAAGAAGAAAACGACGAGGGUGAGGGUCAGCGACGUUUCUCCCGAAAGCUCAGUAGAGAAGGUGUGGGAGCUCGUUAGCAAAACUUUUCUUUCCACCCAGAAGGCGUCACAACCGUUGGAAGUGAUUGUGUUCCCCGACCGUAGAAUGAUAGAUUUCAUUGUGAACUCCGACAGCCUCAAUCUGACCCGUUCUAGCCGUUCCAUCAAGAUCGGAAGACAGAUGGCGUCUGUAUGGUUCGAAGCUGAUCACAAGGAACGCGAUGUAGAACAUAACCAGACUGGACGCCCUCCAAAGUUGAAACAGGAGAAGCAGGAAGAGGAGAAGCCCAAGCUGCGCUGUAAUGAUUGCGAUCAGGUUCUGGUUUUCAAUCUUCUUUUCAACUAUCAGAAGCCAAUCAAGAAACUUUUCGAUAGCUGCGGUGUGAUAACUUCUAUCAAGUUCAAGUAUGUCGACGAAGUUCGCAAGUAUGUUGCAAGAAUCACUUUCGACAAGAAGGAGAGCCGGUGCAAAGAGCCGAGAACCUCACAGGCUCUAUCAUGUACGGAUACAAGCAUCAAAGACGCUCAUCUCAAGUGCAACGCAUUGAUUCCUACUGACAAGGACGGCUUUCCGAUCUACCAGAUCAACCCCCGGGUAGUCGACAACUUCACCAAGGUCGACAGGAACUUUAACUUCUCUCGACUCUCUCACGCGCAAAUGGAGAAGAUCAUACCUGGCAGCUCCUACAACUUUGACACUCGGCUGUGCGGGGGCGACUGGUACAGCCCGCCCGGGACUAUGGACCUGAAUGAUGGCGACAUAGAGCGAGGCAUGAUUGCGGCAAUGACCUACCAGACGACUCAUAAGGUAUAA